AUAAAAAUCCCUGACGAAGUUGUCUUCGUAUUCAUACCAGUGUAGCUUAUAGUUGGAGAGCUGUCAGAAGUUGUUAUUCGACGUUCGUCAAAAUGGAGUUCUCUUUUUCACCAUCCUUCAGUUUCUAUAUACUUUUAAUCACUUUGAUAGCGAUAAUUGCGAUCAAAGUGAUAUCUUUGAUAUAUUUCCAAUUAACAUAUUGGAAGAAGAAAGGUGUACCAACGAUGCUGAAUUAUCCUCUUUUCGGACUGAAUUGGAUGGUUUUCUUUGGCAAAAGAUCCUUCCAGGAGUUAAAUAUGAUGAUAUAUGAGAUGUUGCCAGGUGCGAAAUACGUGGGCACUAUGGAUUUUGCAACGCCACUUUUGAUCGUACGUGAUCCUGAUUUAUUGAAGGACAUAAUGGUGAAACAAUUCGAUCAUUUUCCUGAUCAUCGUGCUUUCGUGGACGAAAAUAUCGAUCCGAUUUUCGGUAAAAAUGUUUUCUCGUUACGAGGUGAACGUUGGAAGGAGAUGAGGAACACUUUAAGCCCGUCCUUUACCGCGAGUAAAAUGAGAUUUAUGCUCGACCUCGUUUCCAAAUGUUCCGACGAAUUCGUGAAUUAUUUCAUCGAUCAUCCCGAGGCUGCUAAGGAAAUCGAGAUGAAAGAUGCUUUUACAAGAUACACCACCGACGUGAUAGCGACAGUAGCUUUUGGUAUUUCAGUGAAUUCGAUGAAGGACAGGGACAAUAUAUUUUUUCGAAAGGGCGUUGAAUCAAGCAAAUUCGAUGGGUUAUUGAAUGCGAUCAAGUUCACCUUAUUGCGUACUUGUCCUAAUUUCAUGAAAUUAUUAGGAAUUGGUUUCUUAACGCCAUCGACGGCUAAAUUUUUCAACGAUGUAGUACGCGAGACUGUACAGGCACGUGACGAGAAAGGUAUCAUUAGACCAGACAUGAUUCAUUUGUUGAUGCAAGCAAGAGAUAAAGAAUCCAGUAAUUUGGAUAUUAAUGAUAUCGUAGCUCAAGCUUUUAUCUUCUUUUUGGCUGGUUUCGACACAUCCUCGACAUUGAUGUGCUUCAUGGUACACGAAUUGGCAGUGCAUCCAGAAAUUCAAGAUAAAUUGUAUCAGGAAAUCAACGAAGUAUUGCUUCGGACCAACGGUGAAAUCACUUACGAGGAACUUUCCAAGAUGGAGUACAUGGAAAUGAUCAUGAACGAGACAUUAAGAAAAUAUCCACCUGCCAUUUUUCUCGACAGAGUUUGUGUUAAACAAACAGUCAUUCCUUCGUCUUUACCAAAUGGCAAAGAUUUUAUCAUCGAGCCUGAUACAUCAAUUUGGAUUCCCUCUUUCGGUUUUCAUCACGAUCCGAAAUAUUUCCCGGAUCCGGAAAAAUUCGAUCCGGAAAGAUUCAACGAAGAAAACAAACAGAAUAUUAUUCCUUAUACUUAUUUACCGUUUGGCAUGGGCCCUAGAAGAUGUAUCGGUGAACGUUUCGCUCUAAUGGAAACGAAAAUAGUUAUAGUAAAUAUUCUUAAGAAAUUUAUUAUCAAACGUACGAGUAAAACGCCCGACCCAGUCGUCUUCGAUAAAAAAUCGUUCAAUCUAAAGAUCGAAGGUGGAUUUUGGAUCAGUUUGGAACAGAGAAAGAAUUGACGAAAAAGAGAAAAAAAAGAGAAAAAGAAGUAGUAAUUUAUAAGAUCGGUUAUUUAAAAAUGAUUUUGUUAUUGUUUUCUUUAUUCGUUUAUAGAAAUAUUUACUCGCGAUCCGUAUGACAAAUAGAUAUUCGUUAGAAUUAAUCGAUCGAACUCGUCGAUACGAUUCUCAAACCGGUAAAUAGCUUUAUACGUUAAUGUUGACUUUUUUUAAUCGUACGUAAAGCCAUAAGCACUAUUGUAGCUUGAACAGUAGGCUUAAUACCUGAUAAUGAGGAUAAUAUUCGCUAACGAGUAUUCACGAUUCACUGUAUCGAACUGCAUCGACAUUUUCGAAUUGCGCAUUACUAACAAGCUAUGUGAGAGAUCAAGAAGAGGAAAUACAUAUAUACAUAUACCUAUACGAUAUACAUACGAUAUACCUAUACCUAUAGAUAUACAUAUUCAUAAAUCGUUCGACCGAGUCAUGCUCUAUCAUAUUUGAGUGGUAUAUCUUGUAAUUUUUUGCAAGUUGUUAUUUAACCUAAUAAUCGAUAACGAUGUUAUUAUAAUUAUAUAUUGUAUUUUUAAUAAUUAAAUUAAGUAAAAUUAACUAUAAUAAUUCUUUUAAUACGAAUUGUAACGUGUACAAUCUCAACUGACGACAGAUAAAAAAGAUAAGGAUUUCUCUCUCUUUCUUUUUAUCUCUUUUUUUUUUAUUAUCUUUUUCUUUAAAGAAACAAAUUAAAACGAUCGAUAUGUCGCUCGAUCCUUAGAUCAUUAUUGUUUUUGCGAGAUAAACGUGAUAAAAUGGCAAGACUCGAUACCAAUGGACGUAACCUCUUCAUUAAUUGAACUCGAGUCACGUGUGACGUGAGCUUACUUAUACAUUCUAAGAAUGACACACUCACCGAGUGAACUUAUGAUCGUUGUUUCCUUGUAAGAUCUCUGAGACGUUAAUAGAAUUAAAAAUGUUUAGAGAAUAGUAA